UUGCAACAUACAGCUUUGUUUAUCAAAUAUUUUUGGAGUCACAUACAUGGUUAGGACAUGAUAGGGUGGAAUCCACGUGUAAGUUCUGGAUUUGAAUAGGUAAUAUGUUUUACUUUGGAUGAAUCGGUCCUACGAUUGCCAUGUUUAUUUGACAACAAAUAGGUAUUAGUUUUGAUUUUGUAACAACACGCGAAGACUGAGGCUUUUAGAAGCAUGUCUCACUUGGAGUGGGCUGAGUCUCAGCUGGCAGAAAUCGAACUGUUGACCAGCAUGUUUCCCACCCGGGAAGAGCUGGAGCUCACAGAUCCGCUGGCACUGGCCGAGCUGAGAGAGUAUGUAGAAGGUAGAACAUCAGCAGGUAGGCCCCCGCCUCUCAGACCCCAGUUUCUUAUUAAAUACAAGCUGGACACUGCGAGCACAGAUAAGAUUGAUUUCAUUCUAUCCUGUGCUUAUCCAUCUGAGUACCCUAAUGUGUUACCAGAGAUAACAGUCAGGUGUGUUGGUCUAAGCCGGGCCCAGCAGACACAGCUCCACUCUGCUCUUAACAUGUACCUGACAGAGAACUGCCAGGGUGAAGUUUGUGUGCUCUCUGCUGUGGACUGGGUGAAAGACCACUUACAGCUCUUCGUUGAUAGGAGCUCAUCCGCAGCAGCAGCAGCAACUCCGAAGAAAGAGUCUCAUCCCCGGCCAGUGGAAGUGUUCAGCCGACUGUGGAUCUACAGCCACCACAUCUACAAUAAGACCAAGAGGAAAAACAUUUUAGAGUGGUCCAAAGAGCUCGGCCUGUCGGGGUUCAGCAUGCCGGGGAAGCCUGGUAUUGUGUGUGUGGAAGGUCCUCAGUCAGCCUGUGAGGAGUUCUGGGCCAGAGUGAAAGUUCUGACAUGGAAGAAAAUCAUGAUUAAACACAGGGAGGAUUUUGCCCUCAGUCCUCGCUGUCAGGAUGAUCAGACUAUGGAAUGUCUUCAAUCCCUGCGUAAAUUCACAGGUUUUGAAGAGGCUAUGUUUGACCCACACGGUAACAGAGGCAAUCACAUGGACCUUGGACAACUUUACCAGUUUUUAAACGAGAAGGGCUGCUGUGAUGUUUUUCAGAUGUAUUUUGGCAUUGAAGGAAGGUAGCUGUCCAAUAAAGAUUUUUAUACAUUUU